CAGCGGGUAUUCCUCUCCCAUUCCGACCGCAAAGUGUGGCUACUCUUCGAUUACGCCGAACACGACCUCUGGCACAUAAUCAAGUUCCACAGGGGGGCCAAAGCCAACAAGAAACAAGUGGUUACUCCCAAAGGAAUGGUUAAGUCACUCAUCUAUCAGAUAUUGGAUGGCAUUCAUUAUCUGCACACCAAUUGGGUUCUGCACAGAGAUCUCAAACCGGCCAACAUUCUGGUGAUGGGUGAGGGGGCAGAGAGGGGUCGCGUCAAGAUCGCUGACAUGGGUUUCGCGCGACUGUUUAACGCACCCCUUAAACCAUUGGCCGACUUGGAUCCAGUAGUGGUGACUUUCUGGUAUAGGGCACCGGAACUACUACUGGGCGCCAGACAUUACACCAAAGCCAUUGACAUUUGGGCCAUCGGUUGCAUAUUCGCCGAACUGCUCACCUCUGAACCCAUAUUCCACUGCAGGCAGGAAGACAUCAAGACCUCCAACCCCUACCAUCACGACCAACUCGACCGCAUAUUCAAUGUGAUGGGCUUUCCAUUAGACAAGGAUUGGGACGACAUCAGGAAAAUGCCGGAACACCCGACCCUU